GAGGACUUGGAGCAUGACGAGCACUGCGCCGUCUGUAAGGAGGACGGCGAGCUGCAGCCCUGCCACAACUGCCCCAGAGCCUUCCACCCCAACUGCCUCCACCCGCCGCUCAAAACGCCCCCCAGAGGACCCUGGUACUGCCCCAAGUGCCAGAAGAAGGUCCUGAACAAAGAAAACAUGGCGUGGCCACAGAACUUUGUUCAGUCCUACGUUACACACAAGACGGUGAGGCAGGAGGAGAAGCGACGGCUGCUGAGACGAAACAACGAGCUGAAGAAAGAGUGCGCUCACCUGGAAGAACAAGACAAGAAGCUCAACGACAUGCUCAAACAGUGUAUGGACCUGAGAGAGCGACUGUUGGGGCAGCAGAGAGACACUCAGGCCUCGCUCGAACGCCUCAAAGCUCUCAUCAGGUUGAUCCAACGCGACCAGCUCAUCCAGGUCACCAUGACGACCACGGCCACCAUCGCUGCUGCCUCGCUGCUCUCCCAGUCCUGGAUCAAACCCACCAGCACCGCCGCCAUUGCAGCCGCCGCUCCGGGCCCCUCGGCCACGCCCCUGCAGCAGAAGAGCCACGCCCACAGCCAGGACGACACCAACAACUAGCCCCGCCCCCCACCAGGUGCUCCGACUUUUUACCGUCGCCGAGUGCGGUGAUGAUUUCUUUUUUGUCUGAAUAUUAUCUAACCAUCUUUUCUCCGAGAGCUGAAAAAAGCCACAAAAAACUGAGAAAAAAGAGCCUCUAUCCUCCACUCGAUUCAAGUAUUUUUUAAAACCCAACACCUACAGUGCUUACGAGAUUUCUUUUUUUAAGUUAUUUUCUAUUUAUUAAUGUUCUUGGCCUUAAUGUAUUUAUUACAAAAAGUUAGAUUACAGUGCCGCCGCGGGAACACGACGGGAGUUUCUGCGCGCGGUCCAAAAGAUAUUUCCCUUUUUUAAACA